UGGGAUCAACUCAGGCUGACAUUAUGUUUUACUAAAAUAGAAACAUAGGGGUGAUGUCUAGUGAAAAUUAUGUAAAAUUACAAGAACAUACCCGAUAUAAUAUCACAAGUGGAGUUUCCGGUACAGAGAGGUUGUUUCCAGUAGAUACUCAGCUCAAGUAAAGCAUUUCAAAGCAGUUUAUUAGGUGAUUUCUUUCCAUCCGUUUCGGUGAGGUAGAAAUAGAUGCCUAAUAGUGAUUUAAUAGAUCCCAAAUUGGCACUUAACACUACCUUUAUCCAACAACAGAAAAAAAAAUAAAAAAUAGAGAAAUUAGAAGCAUUUCAGCAUUGUAUAUUUAUAUAUUGUGUCUUUAACUUAGUAAGCAUUGCAGUCUGUACUCUUCUUUGUUUGAAGUGCAUACUUAAUGAGUCCAUUUCAUUGUCUGUUGCUCCGAUUUGGUAGAAUUAGAGUAAACUCAUUUCAUCUUUGUCACAGUUUAGCCACUACUACUAAUAUUCUCGACAUCAAUGACAAGGUAAUAGCAACCCGAAUAUCAAACUGCAACAAUAUACAUCACCUUGACCAAAUUUACGCCCAGAUAAUCAGAAAUCACUUCCUGGAAUUGUACCCUGUGCAAUUUCACUGGAACAACAUUAUCAGAUCAUAUACUAAGCUUAACUCCCCAAACAAGGCUUUACAUGUGUACAUCACUAUGUCAAGAACUGGUGUUUGUCCAGAUACUUUUACACUACCUAUUGUUUUAAAGGCUAUUUGUCAGGUUUUGAAUUAUGUUAUGGCAAGGCAGUUACAUGGGGUUGCUAUAAAGAUUGGUUUGGAUACUAAUAUGUAUUGUGAGAGUGGUUUUAUUAGUCUGUAUUCGAAGGUUGGUGAUUUUGAGAAUGCACAUAAGGUGUUUGAAGAAAAUAGUGAAAGAAAGUUGGGUUCUUGGAAUGCUAUUAUAGCGGGGUUGGCGCAAGGUGGGCGUGCUAAAGAAGCGAUAGAAAUGUUCUUGGAGUUGAGAAAGAGUGGGUUACAACCAGAUGAUGUGACUAUGGUUAGUGUGACGUCGGCUUGUGGUAGUCUUGGAGACUUGGAUUUGGCUUCUCAAUUGCAUAAAUGCGUGUUUCAAGCGAAAGAAAUGGGAAAGUCUGAUCUUUUGAUGAUGAAUUCUCUUAUUGAUAUGUAUGGUAAAUGUGGGAAGAUGGAUCUUGCUUAUAGGGUGUUUUCGAGGAUGAAGGAAAGAAAUGUAUCGUCGUGGACUUCUAUGAUUGUUGGAUAUGCGAUGCAUGGGCAUGUUGGGGAUGCGCUUGAAUGCUUCUGUUGCAUGAGAGAGGCAGGUGUUAGGCCUAACCAUGUGACAUUUGUUGGGGUGUUGAGCGCUUGUGUACAUGGUGGGAUGUUGCAAGAAGGAAAGUAUUAUUUCAACAUGAUGAAGAGCGAAUAUGGUAUUGCCCCCAUGUUGCAGCAUUACGGGUGCUUGGUGGAUUUGCUUGGCAGGGCUGGGUUGCUUGACGAGGCAAGGGGGACGAUUGAAGGGAUGUCAAUGAAAGCAAAUGUUGUGAUUUGGGGUUGCCUAAUGGGGGCUUGUGAGAAACAUGGGCAUGUGAAAAUGGGAGAAUGGGUGGCUAAGCACCUGCAACAGUUAGAACCGUGGAACGAUGGAGUGUAUGUGGUAUUGUCCAACAUUUAUGCCAGUAAUGGCAUGUGGGAAGAAGUAAGGAGGAUGAGAGAAAUUAUGAAGGAGAGAAAACUUGACAAGAUUCCUGCUUAUAGCUUGUCAACAAGUUCAGAUUGAGAGUUGAAGCUGGACCUGCCAAGGAUAAAAGGAUCAGAAACAUUGCUCUCUCUUAUAGGAGUGAGUGCACAUGGUGGUUGCCAUAUGUUGCAUCUCACACAAGUGGUUAUUAUCGGAGCAAACUAUCACAUAUUUUAACUUACUCGUUGACCCUUAAUUUUGAUCCACUAUUAGGUAUAUGAUUUGAUUUCAAGUUUGGUUGAUGAUUACAUUUCCAUCCACUGCUACACUUGUGCAGAGCCUCACGCUGUCCACCUUCAACGAAAAGCAUGUUUAUAAGCACUAUCAUUAGCAGUAAAGAGUAGUUGCUCCUACUUCAAGCAAAUAUCACCCCCUACAACCAUAAUUAUGACUUAAAAACCACCAAUUUAUUCUUCACAAAUAAGCCUUCCGCAAUCUGUGAAUUCUCGUUCUUCUUUUUUCUGAGAAAAAAAAAAUGCUACACAGAGCUAGCAACAUCAACACUCCGAUAAAAUGAGUGCAAGUGUAUCAGUUGAGGUAGACACAAGGGGAACUUUAGAAUCACUUCCGAAGAAGGAGAUCGAGUAUUUCAGAAAAAUUGAGUUGGAUUGUAAAGGAAGUUCAAAUAAAUUCCAGAAUACAGUAGAAAUAGACUCAGGUGGUGGCAAUUCUAGGCCUAGUUUCUGGUUCUCGACGAUGAAAUGGGAAAAAAAAAAAAAAAGAGAAGAGGCAAUGGUGUUGCAUUACUGGCAAUGUGUUCUAUGGUUGAAGUUUUUGAGAGCUGUAGGCUGAAUGAAAUCCCAGGGUUCAGUUAUAGAAAUCUUAAGGUUGAUUCGAUGAGAUUUGAGGAAGAAAUAACACUCGAUAAUCUUUCCAUUUUUGUCAGUCUUGUCAUUGGAUUUUGUAUAGCCUGAAUUCUCCCUUAUCGUCUUGUAUUUCUAUUGCCUUCAAUUGUUAGGCCUAAAGAAACAUUGUGUUAUAUCUUUUAAUAUUUUGGUUCCCUGGGGAAGUAGCAAUAAAUGCAACAUAAAGCAUGUAUUGUGAACUGUAACGACUAAUCUUUCGUUCCUGAAAAUAAU